UUUUCGCCCAUUAGAUAGGCUAUUUCAUUUGGAAAUUUUAAAUGAUAUAGUAAUUUGUAUGAAUAAUUUGUGUUUCUCUAAUUUUCGUGAGUUUUGUUGAGUGUUUCUUAUUAGAGUUGUUAUUAAUGUAUAUUUUGCAUUUUGGGGGAAAGGACUGUAAGAAUUAAAUUUUGGAUAGUUGUAGAAGAAUCCAUUCUUGCUUUUUGUUCUGCAAAGUUGGUUUUUCAUGAAGUUUGCAUUUGCAUCUAUGUCAUGGUUGGUAAAUAGAGCGAAGAUUGCAUCAUGUUGGGUUUCCGGUUCAGCUACCUCUAUAAAUUGCAUACAGAAUCCUUUAUGGGGUUCAAUGCGGUUUGUCUUCCAGGCAAUCCACCAGGAGCGUUUUACCGCUCAAGUCUCCCGGCCACGCCUGUGUCCACACCUAUUCGAGAAAAUGGACGGUUUUCUGAGCAAGCCCUGCGAGAAAGGCUCUGCCGUACACCGUCACCAAGGAAGUGCAGGCUGUUUGAGUCCAGGGUGUCAGAACCAGAUAUUGGAUUUAAUGUUUUGAACUCUGGGCUUCAGCUGUCCUCCCCUGAUGAUGACGAAAUUGAUGAAGAAGCCCCACGAGCUUUUUCGCCUGCAAGACCAAGCCUCCAAAGUCGUUUGGAGAGACUGGAACAAGAGAAAGAUUUACCUGCCAAUAAUCUUAAGAGGAGACUCUUUGUAGGAGGUAUUCCAGAAAGGGUCACAAAAAAAGAAUUAAAAGAAUUCUUUUCAAAAUUUGGAAAAAUAACAGACUGCUUAAUUGUUCAAGAUCAUAUCAAACGCAGAUCAAGAGGAUAUGGUUUUGUGAUAUUUUCAAACGCACAAGAGGCUGAAAAGGCAAAAAAUGCACCAUUAGAAGAACUGGAAAUGUAUGAUAGAUUUCUUCGAGUUUUUCCUGCUGAAGAGAAGAAAUCUGAAAAAUUUAAAAGAGAUGUCCGAGAAAUUUUGUUUCAACAAAAUGCUGAUCCUGAUUUAACUCCAACUUGUGAAGAGGAAACUGAUAGCACAUCUUCUCUAACUAUAACUAAAAGCAGCAGUUUGCAAAACAUCAAUGAAAUGACAGAUGACAUGUUGUUAUUGAUAUUUUCUUAUUUGGGUAUUAGAGACAGAAUUAGAUUAGAAUUUGUUUGUAGAAAGUGGAGGAAGUUGGCAUUAGAAUUAUGGCGUUGCCAAACGAAUUUAAAUCUUCAAAAUGUGUUCUGCAUCUGGGAAGGAAGACCACUUACAAAUAGAAUCUUAUUAUCUUUGUUGAAAAAGUGUGCUGGCAAUUUAAAAAGGCUUGAUCUUUCCACUGCUUCUCACACUUUGGACUACAAAGCUGUUGAAAUAAUAGCUCAGUGUUGUCCGAACCUGGAACACAUUAAUUUAUCAAGUGUGAAAGUGACCAAUGUUUCGCUUCAACAGUUGGCUAUUAAAUGUCCUAAAUUAAAACAUGUUAUUUUACAAAGGUGCUUCGAAGUGGGAGAAAAAGGAAUCUGGUGGCUUUUACAUUUGUGCAAAAAGCUUGAAUGCAUUGAUUUGACUGGCAAUCCUCGAAUAACAGGCCAGUGCUUUCACAUGGCUGGUCCAAAUCUUCACACUUGUGCUCUGACAAAGUGCUCAAGGUUCAGUCCCAUGGGCUUUACAAAAUUAGCUACUAGAUGUCGAAAUUUAUCUGCCCUUUAUUUAAAUGAUUGUUUUCAGUUAUCUGAUAGAGCUCUUGAAUUAUUAUGCCAGAGUCUGAAAAAUUUGAAGAUUUUGUAUGUUGGAGGUAUUUUUCCUGAUUUGACUGCUAGUGGCUUGCAUCAUAUAGGAAGAUUAUCUAGUCUUGAAAAUUUGUCCCUUGCUCAGAAUCAGCAAGUUGAUGAUGAUGUUGUUUAUGCUGUGAGUAGGGGUUGUAAAAAACUGAGGUUUUUAGACUUGUCAGGUUGCGAUGAGAUAAGCGAUUAUUCUUUGACGUCUCUAGCUACAUGCUACAGUUUGAGAACAUUGCACAUUAGUUAUUUAGAUAGAAUAACAGAUGAAGGAUUAUCAUCUAUAGCACGACAUGGGUCACUAGAAACAGUGUUACUUAGAGGUUGUCCUAAUAUUGGUGAUCAAGGCCUGUUAACUCUGGUCCUUCUGUCCCCUUAUCUUCAACAUCUGGAUGUAAGUGGAUGUCAACAUGUCACAAAUGUCACAGUCACAGCUUGCUUGGAUUCUGUUCAAGCUCGAUCAUCAGGAAAGAAGCUCACAUUAAUAGCAGGAGGUACCAGUAUUGAACUUGAGGCCUUAGAAUUAGAUUCAAAUCUUCUUGAAGUAUCCCGUUCAAAUUUUUGUAUAAAUAGUCUACGACCUGACAGAUUAGAUUAUCUAGGUGAUGACUACGUGGAUGAAGAUGAUCAUUUUUUUGAAAAUGAAGAUUCAGCUACUAGCGAGUCUGAUAAGCUAGCAAGUGGUGACCAAAGUCAACCAUCAGCUUCUGGUGAUUUUAAUGGAGAAUGGUCAGAAAUUUUUGAAUCACCAUUAUGAAAAUAUCAUCUUCUAUUAGCAUUCUUUCAUUUGGUUUUUGAUGCAUCUAGGUACAGUACAGUAUUGAUAUCUUUUUGAAGCAUUUGAGAUUUUUUAAACAAAAGAAGAGUGCAUUUAGUUCCUAUUUGUGCUAGUUUUGUAUAUAGCUUUUUUGGUGCAGAGGGAAAAUUGCUUUUGAAAUAUUUAUAUUUUGUAAGUAAUAAAAAAAAUCAUUUUCUGUAAAGUUUCAACUUUAUCUUAAAAUGUACUUUAAAGUUAAUUUUAAAUUUCCUCUUGCCCAACCCCAAAGAAUUGUAAAUGUCACUUAUAGAAGCCAUGUACAAUAACUUAAUUCUUGCACUGAUGUGUAAAUUAUACCUCAGCUAUAUUAAAGUACAAUUUUUUUUUUUUUUUUUUUAAUUUCAUAAUAAUGUGCAUUUAAAUGCAAUUCUAAGAAACAGUUUUGCUCAUGAAUAUGUAAUUGUUUUAAGGAUUACAACUGGACUACUGUUUUUUCUUUUAUGUAAAGGUAACAUGUUCUCAUUGGAGAUUCCAAUGUUGUUUUAAACCAAAAUAAGUCUAUUAUAUUUCUUGUUGUUGUUUAAUUACAAAUUUGUUGAAUGUAUUUCUUUGUUAUAUUGGUACAGUGUGAUUUAUAAAUUUAUAUUGUUAUUUUUCUCAGUUAAUUACUUUUUUAUUAUGGAAUUACUGUAAAGAAAGUAUUGCAUCAAUUUUUAUUCUUUAUGAUGCAUUGUGAUUUAAGUGUUGUUUGGAGUUCUUACAAAUGAAAUAUAUUGCAUUUUUUUGUGAUACAUUUAGACUAUAAUUAAUGAAUUGAUAUUCUGCACAACUACUUUUUGAAUUUAAUAAAAUAACCAUGAAUCAAUUUCAUUUUUUCUUCUCAUAGGGAAUAUAGUAGGAAAAAAUGUGUUAAUCUGUUCCAAUACUUUUAAAUGGAAAUAUAUAAUGUUUGUUAAAUUAAUAAUGCAUUACUGACAGUCCUAAAAAAUUUCAUAUGAUGAUAAAUAGAGAUCAUAUGAGAGGUUUGCUCCUUCCUAAAUCUUUUUUAGAAAGAUUUAGAAUUAAUUCUUUUUUUUUUACUUACUUUUUUUUACUUUUCACUUUUUUUUUACUUACUUUUGUGAAAAAUUCAAACUUGCAAAUUUAUCAUAUUGAACUGAUAUCAAUUUUUAUUUCAAAUAAUUAACCCUCAGAGUUAUAAAACACACCUUUUCCAUUUUUCGUGGUCUGUUCAAAGCUAAAUAAUUUGUAUUUGUAUGUAUAUUUUUUUAAGUAUUCAUGGCUUAAGUUUUAUUAAAGUUUCUGAGAAUUUUUAAAUUUUUUUUAAAGUUUAGCUUAACUUGGAGGCCAUGAAAUCAGAAUAAUUGAAUGGUCAAAUUAUAAGUUUAUAGAAUAUUUUUCAAAUAUGCAAAUUAUUAACUCUAUUUAUAUUAAUUUUUAUAUGCUAUAAAUUUUAUUUUUAGAAGAAGUAAAAUUUAUAAAGCUUUCUCUCUAUCAAAAUAUAAUGGAUAUAAAAUAAGAAAGUGUUAAAUAGUCUGUAUUUAUUUCUUCUUUUUCCCCUAGUCAUAAGAUCAGCAUUAAACUAGAAUGAAAGGAAACUUAAUUAUUUAUUUUAUGGUACUUUAUUUAAAGAAUUUUUCUCUGUAUAUCAAAACAGAAGAUGAAAAACAUAUUCUAUUAUUGUUUUUUGUUCUCAAAACGUCCCUUUACUUCAAAAGCAUUUUCAACUUUUUUUGCAUGCGCUUGAAAGAAUUAUUAAAUACCUGCUUCCUUUAAUAAUAAAAUAUCAAAAUAUUUUGUUUUGAAUAAUAUUGCAAUAUGUAUUUAAAUUUAAAAAAUUUAAAUAAGUUGAAUUUUGUAGAAAGAAAUAUAAUCAUUAAUCUUUUUUGUGAGGUUUUAAAGAAUUGUGAUGUUAAAUUUUGAAAUCAUUUGAUGUUCCCUCUGCAUUUUGUAUAUAGAAUUGUUUUGUUGUUUUCAUAUAAAACUUUCAUUUGUUCAUCAAAGUAUGCUAUCAAAAUUUAAAAAUGGUUCAUUGAUUUUUAAUAUUUAGUAAAAUACGAUAGUACAGUAGUGAAAACUCUGAAUUAUGUAAUUUUCUCAUUUUGACUGUAAAUAUUUAGCUAUUUUUCAAACACACAAAACAGCUGUAUUUAAAAAAAACCUGUAAUAUAAAAUGGUAUUUUAAUCAUUAAGAGUUUUCAUAAUUGGUGCUGUAAAUAUUACGUUACAUUUCAACAUGAUUUAAAUUGUUAAAUUUAUUUUUGAAAGAAGAGAUUGCUAACAAAACUAUGAUUAAAAGAUGUUAUAUUUCCGCACAUAUUGUGAAUGCCUAUUUAAUGUUAAUGUAAAGAACUGCCAUUAUUCAAUUUCUUCAUUGCAAAUGUUCUAUUGUUUUUAAAUGGAGAUAACUAUUGGAAAAUAAACUGCAGAAUUCUAUUAUCAGAACAUAAUUGCUUAUUAUCAAAUGUCAUAUUUUACUUUUUCACAAAAAUAUUUUAUAACCUAUUUGUCAUUUACUUAAAUUAAAAUUUAUAUUUAACCAUUCAUAGGCAAGACACUGUUGACAAAAUAUUUUUAUUAAAAUAUUAUUAAAUUACUAGUUAAUUAAAUAUAAAAUAUUAAAAUAACUAGUAAUAUAAUCUGUAUCUUUGAAGACUGUGUUAGAAUCUCAAUUUUAAACCAAUAUUCAAAUGCAUAGGAAGGCAAAUAAUCAUGCAAAAUUAUGCUAUCUAACAUUACAAAAAAAAAAAAAUUAUCUCUUCAUUCUAACAGAAUUCAUAUAUUAUUUAUGAUAAUUCUGUCAUUGAAAUGGAUAUGUAAUUUGUGUGAUUAAAAUCUUAUUUGGAAAAUUAUCAAAUAUUGUAAAAUAAAUAAUAUUGGUAUGCAGUUGUAUUUUCAACUUUUGGGGUAUUUUUCUGCUUUUUACUUGAAAAUUCUAAAAGGUGCAUUAUUUAAAUAUUAAUGUUUGUGAAAACUUCCUUCAUUAUGCCUUUUUUAUUGUUCCUCAUUUAGAUAAUCGUAUCAGUUUAUUAUAUUUUAUAUGAAAUAAGGGUUUUAUUUAAUUAACAUUUAGAGAAAUUUUAUGUUUAUAAAAAUUGUUCUACAAUGAUAUGUUGUUAGAAUUUAAUGUGAAUUUUUAAAUAAUAAUAAAGAGAUUAAUGAUAAUGUAUAUUUAUAAUAAAACAGGUUAUAAAUUAACCAAAAUCUGUGAAGCAGAACUAAUAAGUUGCAUCAGUUUAAGCUUUAAGAGGUAUAGCAGAGUAGGGGUGUUAUAUAACUAUUCAAAAGUAUAGCCUCUGAAUGAUAUAUGCCUGUGGACGCACAUUUUUGAAGGUGCUAUAUGUUGAUGAAACCAAAAUUCUUGAAAUGAGCUUCUUAAUUGUAGUUGCAUAUAUGAGGCCCUUUUAAAUAUUCCCAUAAAUAAAAAUUUGAAUAGGGAUGAGGGAAUUUUAAGACAUUGUAGGGGGCCAAUUGACAGAUAUGUUUAUUUUACAUCCAAAGCAUUAUUAUAGUAAUAUCCGUUAUUUGUUGCAUGAACAAAAUUAUGCAAUUUUAAAACUUGCUAAAACAACGUGUUAAUUUUUGUACCUGUAUCAUGUACAAUAACUAAAUAAAAAAAAUUUACAAAAAUAAGGUUUAUAAAACCCUAUAUAACUAAAACAGAUUUUGACCAAAAAGAAAACUCCUCCUAAUAGUUUAUUUUUAAUCUGUUAUAUAUUAGAAAUAGAAUUUCUCUAGCAAAUCAUUUUAAGCAUUUGGAUAUUUUUAUUUAUAAUAUCACUAUUGACAUUUUGUGAUGUAUUGAAAAGUAAUUAUCUUUUCUCAUCAAAAGUUCUUUGGUUGAAUUUAUUUCAAAUUCUGCAGUUUUUUUUUCCCCAAUAGUAUCCUUUGAUUUCGAUAAAGCUUAAAGCCUUUGACUUCAGUCAAUUGCAUUGUGCAAUACACAAUCCAUUUGAUAUAUUGUAUAUAGAUUAUUUAUUGUUUAAUACUGUUUUAUUAUGUCUUGUGUAUGUUUAUCU